AUGUUCGCCUCCAUCAUCCUGACUUCCCUUGUUGCCGCAGGCAGCGCCCGCGCCGCCAUAGCGCAAGGCAGCUGGGGCAUUCGUGCCGACUUCUCGCGCUGCGACAGCGGGACCCCGCUCGAGGUCGUCCUCGACGGCGCAAACGGCCCGUCCUCGCCGGACUACACGCCGGCCCCCGGCAUCGUCGACUUCAAGAUCUCGUCGCCCUUUGACGGCACCCUCGUCAUCAAGGUCGCCGGCGCGGUGGGCCUCGGCUCGCCGUACCCGCCGCAGCAGGUCGGCGUCCACGUCUUCGCCGAGCCGACGGCCGGCGACCCGGGCGUCUGGGCCAACGCGACGGUGACGCCCGGGCUGGGGCACCCGGCGCCCAUCUCGCAGAUCUCGUGGAACACGCGGAGCGACUUCACGGUCGCGCCCGUCGACGGCGAGGUCGUGUCGCUGGAGACCAUCUUCGACGGAGGCAGCUUGGAGGUUUUCUACUGCGGCGUUCCCGACGGUGUGCGGCCUGUCGCGUAG